AUGACCUCGUCGACCAAGCUCCGCGCCGGCCUCGUUGGCUUCGGCACCGCCGCCCAGUUCUUCCACAUGCCGCUGCUGCUUUCGAGCGGCCGCUUUGAGAUCACGCACGUCAUGGAGCGCUCCAAGUCGCUCAGCCGUGACGCGCUGCCGUCGGCCACGAUCGUGCGCUCGAUGGCCGACCUCGUCGCGGCACCAAUUGACGUGGUCGUGAUUGCAACACCGACGAACUUGCACUUUGAACAGGCCAAGAUCGCGCUCGAGGCCAAGAAGCACGUGGUCGUCGACAAGCCCAUGUGCGUCACGUCGGCCGAAGCAAGCGUCCUCAUCGAGACGGCCCGCGCCAACAACGUCAUCCUGACCGUCUUCCAGAACCGCCGGUGGGACUCGGACUUUCUCACGGUGCGCAAGCUCCUCGAGAGCAAGACGCUUGGAGACCUCUCGCACUUUGAAGCUCAUUUUGACCGCUUCCGGCCGUCGCUCAAAGGCAACUGGAAGGAGAGCGCGGACGUUGGCGGCGGCGGCCUCCUCUACGACCUCGGCGCGCACCUCGUCGAUCAAAUGCUGACGCUCUUUGGCCCACCGACGACCAUUUCGUCCGACGUCCAGAGCCAGCGCGACGGCUGCAGCAACGACGACUACUUCCGCCUCGAGUGCCAGUUCCCGGGCUUCCUCGUCGUGCUCACGGCGGGCAUGCUCGUCGAGAACCCGACGCCCAAGUACACAAUCCGCGGCGCGCACGGCUCGUUUGUCAAGUUUGGCGAGGACGGCCAAGAGACCGCGCUGCGUGCGGGGCGGACGCCGUUGACCGACGGCGACAGCUGGGGCCAUGAGCCUACGGCGCACCAUGGCGUCCUUCAGCGCCACGGUCAGCCGGACGAGCGCAUCGUGAGCGAGCCGGGCAACUACAGCGCCUACUACAUCGGCCUUGCCGACACGAUUGAGCACGGCGCGGCGCUGCUCGUGCACCCUGAAGAGUCGGCAGCUGGCAUUGCGAUCCUCGAGAAGGCCAAGGCGGCGUUUUUGGCAGCGCAGGCGUAG